GUCAAGUAGAAACGAACAAGGUCUUACGGCACGAUCACUAUAUCUUUUCUUUUUCUCUCCUCUAUGGAAAGAGGGGAUGAUACGUGGCGUGGUAUACCUGAUCGUUUGGUCAACGAGACGUACGUAAGUCGACAUAGCUCCAUGUAUAUGUUCUUUGGAGCUAGAACCCAUCAAUAAAAUGAAAGAAUGGUGAGCCUAGGGCGACGAACAUGGCUCAAGAGUUUCUAUACAAAGCCCUUCUCUUCUUCACUCAAAGAGGUUUGUUUUUCUCCCUUUGAAUGGUACUUGAUUCAUAAAGAAUGAAUCUUUUGGUUAGAAGUUAUACGGACUUUAUAAAAGGAAAUGCCACGCUCCGCGUGUCACGAGAUAUGGGGCCUUCUAAUCCAAGGGUCAUCCCUCUCGGCCCUAUUACGGUAAGGCCAAUGCAUCAGCCAACCAGUGUGGUGGCGAACACACUAUGCUGUAAGCUAAGCUGUUCACCUUGUAGACGGAGGAGAUAUAUCAAGUGUGCCGUGCGUGAUUCAUAAGAUUCUAUAGUAGCACCAGCUGAUCUACGACCACCCUAACUCUUCCAUGACUUUGACUUUCCGGACCAUCGGAUCUGCCCUCGCAAGUCUCUCUAAAUUUUGGGAGCAGAGCAUGCAAAAUCGAGCAAUGGAUCUUAGAAGAAUGAAACUUUGAACGGCACGACUCUUUCUAUUUCUGCGCUGGCAUUUGAGUUGUCUCCCCUCCUCUUUCAAUCGACACACUCGACGCAGAUAGCUCCGGUGGCCCCGGCUUCUGCCUCUAUCAGGCGGCGGCAGCCCCCACCUCCACAGCCACAGCAUGGAGGAGCAGCUCCUUAAUCCGCACUACAACCAAUAAAAAUUUUCUCCAGAUUUAUAUAUGAUGCUAAACCGAGACCGAGAUAGAGAGAGGGCUGCCCCUUUGUUGGCUCUUCGAGACAAGAGCACUCAUAGGAAUGGUGCUAAUUCCCAUGUUCCUUCUAGUCUCGUUUGCUUUCGAGAGCCUCCCCCUCCCCGUCCCUUACUCGUCUUUUGAAAGCCGUCAUCCUGGAUUGGAUUUUCUUUUCCGUAUGCCCGGGAAAGUGCCUCACCUUUCUACAUUAAUUAUUAUCAAAAUUUCCUCGGGUCUCUAUAAAACAGAAUGAAAAGCCCGGGUGGAAGCACAAAAAAAAGGAGAGAGGAAAAGUAGAAAGGGGGGAAGAAGUCUAGUGCUAGUUCUUACUGAAACUUCUUUAUCUAACUUUCAUUUUAGAGUGGUUUCUUUGUUCUCUUAUUUGGAUUGAAAGAAAGACAAAACUCCCCUUUCUUUCUCUUCUUUCUUUUUGAUCUGAUCCCUUCGACGAAUUUCGGCUAUGACCAAUGCCCCACUAGCUGAAUAGGCGUAACAAAGCUACCUGAAAAAAGGCAAGGUGCACCUUGGAUUAAAAUCGACGAAUUGCGUUUUGCCAGAGAUAUUUUUUUAGAAAGAUUCUCCAUUUUGUUAAAAAAUAGAAAGAAUCUAAUCUAAAUAAAGGCGCAUACGCGGGAAGGGGGCCCCACUACUUCUUCAUUCAGGGGGGGUGGGAGACUAGCCUCAUUACUUCCCACUGGGCGAGAGGUGCACCUAACCCACCUACCCACUCAUCAAUCACGGUGUUCAGCUGACUUGCACUGAUAGACCCCUAUUGUAUUGGAAUUAGGCGCCCAUCUUUUUACUGUUGUCAACUAAUCUCUUCAAUGUUCGAUUCUACUCUAUGUUAGAACAUUUCUGUGAAUGCUAUUCCGAUCUAAGUGGUCCUAUUCCGUGUCCCAUGCUAGGAAGCAUUACUCCUCUUUUCAUUCCAAAUUCAAGAAUACGACCGAUACGAUUGAUUGGUCUGUGCGCCUCUCUAAUUACUUUUUUGUAUCCCCCUGUUCCUCGGAUACAAUUCGAUCCUUCUACGGCCACAUCUCAAUUUGUGGAAAGCCUUCGAUGGCUUCCUUAUGAAAACAUCAAUCUUUAUUUGGGUAUAGACGGUAUCUCUUUAUUCUUCGUGAUAUUGACCACAUUUCUGAUCCCUAUUUGCAUUUCAGUGGGUUGGUCUGGUAUGAGAAGUUAUGGGAAAGAGUAUAUUACAGCAUCUCUAAUUCAUGAAUUUUUAAUGAUCGCCGUGUUCCGCAUGCUGGAUCCUCUACUAUUCUAUGUUCUUCCCGAAAGCGUGCCAAUCCCUAUGUUGUGCGGAGCUGAGUAUCUUCUAUUCGCUGGGAUAAAGCUUUUCCUCUGCAGGGGCCUUGUGCAGUAAACCCCCUACGGGCGGUCGUCUGUCGUCGUAAAGUAGUCCCCGCGAAGCUUUCGGGAAGAGGGGUAGUCUUGUGUGUAAGCAUAGCAUUUCUGGUCGAACCCGCCCAACCCAACUAAGAAGAACCGAACCUGACAGACACAUCUUUUUCCUUUUGGGAGGGUACUCCGAGUAGUGGGUACCUCGUAGGACCUCGACCCG